GUGGUUAUAAGAACCAAUAGAUUAGUCUUGGUUUAUCAGCACAUUGCAAAAUGUUUGUAUAUUUUAUAUAUUAAUGUGUUAGAUUAUAGCAAGGGGUGAGAAAGCGUUUAGAUUUGGGUUGAACUGUUUGGGCAGUGCUAGCAACAGGCUAGCUAUAAGUCUUAAGCUGGUUAAGUACAGCUCGCAGCAAAUUGUAAAUAUAUGAUCAAUAUAACUACACAUUUAGCCGGAAUUUUCAAUUAUUAGGUCAAACUUAAUCUUAGUAAAUGCGGCAUUAUUUCGGCGGGAGUAAAACCAAAUUGAAAGGAUUAUCGCCAUAGGCCGCAUGUCAUCCCGGACUUUUCCUGUGGGUGAACACCAGGAGAGGAAGCAAACCGCGCGGACUGCACUUCGAAAAUCUCCGGUUAGCUAGAGCUGGCUAACACUAGCAGCCACUUCCUUUGCAGUUUUUAGUGCAAACAAUGGCUGGGGUGUGUGGUUGUUGCUGUGGGGCUUUCAGGCCCCGAUACAAGAGGCUGGUCGACAACAUUUUUCCUGAGGAUCCCGAGGACGGAUUGGUGAAAGCCAACAUGGAGAAGCUGACGUUCUACGCUCUGUCAGCUCCAGAGAAACUGGACCGGAUAGGAGCGUACCUGUCUGAGAGACUGUGUCGGGACGUGGCCAGGCACAGAUACGGAUAUGUGUGUAUUGCUAUGGAGGCUCUGGACCAGUUGCUGAUGGCGUGUCACUGUCAAAGCAUUAACCUGUUUGUGGAGAGCUUCCUAAAGAUGGUUCGCAAACUGCUGGAAGCUGACAAGCCCAACCUGCAGAUCCUGGGAACCAACUCGUUUGUUAAGUUCGCCAACAUUGAGGAGGACACGCCCUCAUAUCACCGGAGUUAUGAUUUCUUCGUGUCGCGCUUCAGUGAGAUGUGCCACUCUAACUAUGAGGAUCCGGACAUUCGCACGAGAAUCCGUAUGGCUGGUAUUAAAGGACUGCAGGGCGUGGUGAGGAAGACGGUCAACGAUGAAUUACAGGCCAACAUCUGGGACCCUCAGCACAUGGACAAGAUCGUCCCGUCUCUGCUCUUCAACCUGCAGUCUGGAGAAGGCACCGAGAGUCGCUCUCCGUCUCCGCUGCAGGCCAGUGAGAAGGAGAAGGAAAGCCCGGCCGAGCUCACAGAGCGCUGCUUUCGGGAGCUGCUGGGUCGUGCUGCCUACGGGAACAUCAAGAACGCCGUGACCCCUGUACUCAUGCACCUCGAUAAUCACUCUCUGUGGGAGGGAAAAAGCUUUGCCGUGCGCUGCUUCAAAAUCAUCAUGUAUUCCAUUCAGCCUCAGCACUCUCACCUGGUCAUCCAGCAGCUGCUCGGUCAUCUCGAUGCCAACAGUAAGACUUCGGCUACGGUGCGAGCUGGCAUAGUGGAGGUUCUCCUGGAGGCUGCGGCUAUAGCAGCCAGUGGAUCUGUAGGCCCGACGGUUCUGGAGGUCUUUAACACGCUGCUCAGGCACCUGAAGCUCAGCGUGGACUACCAGCUCAGCGGCUCUUACGACAGCACCACCACCGUGGGCAACAAAACCAUCAACGCGCACCGGGAGAGGCAGCUCCAGGAGGCUGUUAUCAAGACCAUAGGUUCCUUCGCCAACACUCUGCCCACGUACCAGCGCUCUGAAGUCAUGCUCUUCAUCAUGGGGAAGAUUCCCAUCCCAGGCGUGCACAUAACAGUGCCGUCUACAGGAUCUGGGUCUGAGGGUGACCGAAUGAUCCAGGUCAUGCUGCUGAAGUCUCUGAGACAGGUGACCAGCGGCUUUCAGAGCACCAACAUGCUGACCGCUCUGCCGAGCUCGUUUCUGGACCCACUUCUGUCCUUCGCCCUGCUGGAGGACGCCGACAUUCGCCUGCUCAUCCUGGAGGUUCUCGUCAGCCUCAUCGAUCGCCAUGACAACCUCCCCAAGUUUUCCACCGUCAGAAUAAUCUCAGACAUCUCUGUGCUGAAACUGAAAAUGGAGAAGUGCUCCCGUCAGGACAACCUCUUUAUGAAAAAGCACUCCCAGCAGCUCUACAGACACAUCUACCUGUCGUGUAAGGAGCAGAACUGCAGGCAGCCGCACUUUGAGAAGCUCUACUCGCUCCUGGCCCUCAUCAGCAUAGAGCUCGCUAAUGAGGAGGUGGUGGUGGACCUCAUCCGUCUUGCUUUGGCCCUCCAGGACUUGGCUGUGGUCAGCGAGGAGACGUUGCCUGUGUACAACCGCUGUGCUGUUCAUGCCCUCUCCGCUGCAUACCUCAACCUUAUAUGCCAGUUAACCACAGUGCCUGCCUUCUGCCAGCACGUUCACGAGGUGAUUGAGAUGAGGCAGAAGGAAUCACCGUGCAUGUUACCCGAGGACGUCUUUGUUGAGAAUCCAACAGUCCCCGAGACCCUGGAGAAGCCAGAAGGUGAAGUGCUGUUCCAGCAGGCGAAGAUCGCCGAGGUGCUCGGAGGCAGCGGAUAUAACACCGAACGACUGGCCACGUCUUACAUUCCCCAGUUCACAGAUGAAGACCGACUGUCGAAGAGGAAGAGUGUCGGAGAAACCAUUUCUCUACAGGUGGAGGUGGAGUCCAGGAACAGUCCAGAGAAGGAGGAGAGAACACCAGCUGAGGAAAUCACAUUCGAGGCUCUCAAGAACGCCAUAGUGGACAGCGUGGGCAUGGAGGAGCAGGAGAGAGAGCGAAGGAGGCAGGUGGUGGAGAAAUUUCAGAAAGCCCCCUUCGAGGAGAUUGCUGCCCACUGUGGAGCAAGAGCCACAAUGCUCCAGAGCAAACUGAGUCAAAUCUUUGAGAUCACAAUCAGGCCUCCUCCCAGUCCUUCCGGCACCAUCACGGCGAGCUACGGUCAGACGCAGAGCCGCUCGGUCCCCAUCUAUGAGAUGAAGUUCCCUGACCUGUGUGUGUAUUAGGACCGGAACCAUGUGACCGUGCUGAGUCGGUGUAUCUACGUUAAUCAUGUGCAGUAAAUGAGAAAUGACACUGGGCUGUC